AUGGGACAUUGUGGCACCAUUGAGGCCACUGACAAAGGUGAGGAUCCUGCAGAGUAUCGUUUCGUUUGUGGGUGGUGUGCUAUCCGCAUUUGUGCGGGGUGUAGGGAUGAACUCCGCUUUCAGGAUAAUCGCCUGAUGGACCUGCUGCGGGUCAUUCAGGCGCGCGGGGGAGGGGAUGGCCUAGGAGAUCUAAAUUCACCUUCAGAGUUGAACAUCAAAAUACAGCCAAGGGUGCCCAAGAUGGGAGAUACACAACUACCGGCAGAUUUGUCUGCUCCCACUCUAGCGACAGGCGCUGAGGAGUUGGAAAAUUUGUCGCAUUUUGGACCACCUAACUUUUCGGGAGGCUCCACCGCGAUAUCUCGUCCGAAACCUGGCGGUCCUGGGUCCGAAACUGGCAGACCCCGGAAAAGGUUGACGGAGUUUGAGGAGUAUGAUGGUGAGCCGUGUUGGCCCCCACCAACAAGGGGCAAAAGGGAUCCGACCCUGAGCCAGAGGGCUGAACUCGCAAAUAUCGAAGAAUAUCCUCGGCAGAUAUCAUCUUCCCACGCACCCAUUAGAACAUCCGGUGUGAACUCACAGAGGAGGCCAUACCAACGCUUACCUGGCCCUCCACAAUGGAAUCAGCGCGGGCCGACGCCUCAACCCCGUGACCCGCUCAUUCCUCGGGGGAGGUCUCCCAAGGCGGAUUCACCGGAGCCGGGACGGGAGUCGGAUAGGGAGUCAGAGGCACCAGUUGAACCGAAUGAUGGUAAACAGACGCACCAACAUGUGCAACUUUCCCACCAGGGGUCGCCGCCACGUCAGCCAUCGCCACUGGUUCAAGUAUCACCCCCGCAAGAACCCUUGUCACCUCUUCAGCCCUCACCGCCCGAACAUGAAGCUAUUCCGAGCUCAGCACUAAAAGUGGCUGGGCAACAAGAGGUAACAUUGACACCGCCGCCGAAGUCGCCGAGGCGUAAGGGAUCUCCAGCGAUAAGUAUGGUUGAUGUUCCGAGAAUGCUAAGGGUUGAUGAACCAGAGGUUACCCAAGCAAAGGUUACGCAGCCUGAAGCUAGAAAUCCAGGAGCUAGACAGGCUGGGGUCGGGCAGCCAGAGGUCAGCUUGGAGCAUAUUGAGAAAACGGAGAUUAAGCUACCCAGGGCUAAGCAACAGCCAACUCCAGAGUUAGGUCGACCUCAAGUCGAGAAAAAACAAGAAACGCGCGCCAAGCCCCCACUGCCUAGCACUAUCCCACAACGGGAGCGGACCCCCGGACUUGAUAAACCAUCUCGAUCCACUCCAUCGCCUCGACCGGAGCCCGCCCAAGUGACAAAGAUGGGAGAAAGGUUGGAAGAAUCCGUAUUCAUGGGCAAUGGUAUGCCUCAGCCGGUUGAGAAAGCGCUGGGGUCAGAGGUGGUGAAACUAGAUCCGGUUCCUAUACAGAUGCCUAAACUGGCUGAGCCCAUACCGGUGGCAAAGCAGGAGAAAUCCGUUCAAUCACUGACUAAACAGGAAAAGGCUUUACCGGAACCGCCAAAACUGGUCAGCAACAUGAUAGGCGAUCCUACGAUUUCGAUGCCCGUCACUCCUCCUAAGCGACCGGUAUAUCCUACCAAACCUGAGCCUAAUAUCGAUCUUUCGUACUUUAACCUCAAGCCGACUACAACACAGGAGAGGUACAAGUUACCGGAUAGUAUGCAGUUGCCUGAGAUAGAUUUCGGAGGUGCAUUGGAUACGAUGGCAAUCACAGACGACCUUUUGGGAAGACCCGCCAGAGCCCAUCAGAAGCCGCCGGCGGCACCAAUAAGACUAGAAGGGGAAGAGAAGGAAGGAAGCAUUUCGGGGAGCAUGAAGGAUAAAAAGAAGUGGCGGCUUCCAGGAUUCGGAAAGAAGAAGGUGGAGAAAAAGUAGUGUUUAGUGGUUUGGAUUCAGCGGUGAUAUUAUGGGGACGGGGUGAAUGGAAAAGGGGGGACGGGGAGAUGGAUAGAAGGAAUGAGAUGGGGGGAUGGGGGGAGGGGGAAAAGUUUGAAUAUGAUACCUGGACCCACGGCUAAUGGCCUUUUUUCUACUGCCUGCUUUACUUUGCUUUGCUUUGCUUUAACGAUUUCUCUGCCUUUUUCUACUAUCAUACUUGCCUGCCUACAUACUGGGUACCUAAUUGUUCCUUUGUAAAUUUCCUCUUUUGUCUCCUUUCUUCUUUGAUUUGCAUUUUCCACGUUAUGUGUUGGAUACAAGGACAGCAAAACUCUUAUACUACUCGAACAUAGAUAAUUUCCUUCUGUCAAUAGCGCUACGGGGGGGGGGUUCUUCCAAAGGGGUUCUUUUUUAACUUUCAAUCUUACUUAAUCUUUGCCGUUUUUGUUCAGACGAGUCAGGAUUAUCUUUGGCUUUUUUCCUUUUCUUUUUCACUUUUGUUUUUUUUAGCGGGUUCCGGUGGGCGGGGGGUUAGGGGAGUGGGUAUAUAUGGGUGAAUUGGAAAAUGGAAUACUGGUAGGUUGGUUCUGGAACGUUUCUAUCAUGCCCUUUUUUAUUGAAUACCCUGAGCGAGGUGAGGGAUAAUAAUUUCUCUCGGAAGAGAAGCUGAGGUUAUCUUAUCAGGUGGGGAAGGUUUCAUAUAUCUGUUGUAAAAAGUGCUGAAGGGGAUCGCUCUAGUGAAUUAAUUUAUCU